UUAGCCAUGGAGAAUCUUGGUUACAAAGAGGGUUCAGCCAAACCGAGACGUAUGACACGCUCCAUUAGUGUGGUGACCAAAAGUGAUGCUGAACAGCCAUUGGCCGGAAAUAAUACAAAUCGCUUAAAAUCCAUACCGCCCAAUCUAAUGGUCAGAUGGCGUAACAAUACCGAUGCUAUGAUCGAAGCCCAAUAUCCAACACCCGGAGAAUUUGAAUAUAUGGAAUGUGGACCAUCGCCACCGGCUGAAAGUGCACCCAGUAUGUAUGAUAGUUUCGAAGAACCCACCAGUGAGCUGAGCGUACAAAUAUGCAAUGAUACGCUGCGCAUUAGCCUCAUCGAUCAAAUGAAAAAUGCCGCCGGGCGUAUACGCUACUUCGAAGACAUCGAACAGGGAAAUGUCAUUGGGGAUAAUACAAAGACCCAUUUCGAAUCUGCCUCACAAAUUGAAAAGAAUUUAUGUUACUUGUGGUCGGCCUUCUUGAAGAGAUGGGAUCUACUGCAAAGUCUGCUCGAUAUUGGGGCGGAAUUGAAUUUUUGUGAUCAAAAUGGUAUAUCGGCAUUGCAUUUGGGCGCCUUUAGCGGCUGCCUGUCGACAUUGAAUUUCCUGGUGCAAAAGGGUAUGAAUGUUAAUUUCCAACCGAAAUGUUAUACCCCGCUGCAUUGUGCGGCCUUUGGUAAUAGCACUGAGGCAGCGAAAUAUUUAAUCAAUAAUGGUGCCCAAAUAUCCAUCGAUACGACGAAGCCCAAUUGUGAGGAAAGUUUGCUGCAUUGUGCGGUGCGGGCCAAUGCCCUGGAAUGCCUGCAGUUGUUUAUCAACGAAGGUGCCGAUGUGAAUAGCCUGAAACCGAAUGGUACAAAUGCCAUACAUUUGGCAGCGGAUUUGGGUAAUGCCCAAUGUUUGGAGAUAUUAUUGAGAGCCCCAGGGGCUGAUCCGAAUGUAAGGAUUUGUAUUCGCGAAAAAGAGUCGACAGCUUUGCAUUUGGCCGCUGAUGAGGGUAAUGUGGAGUGUGUGGAUCUGCUGCUGGCCAAGGGGGCCGAUGCCAAAUUGAAAAAUCAUCGUGGUUUCACGGCCUUACAUUUGGCUGCCCGUACCUCCAGUUUGGAAUGUGUUGAGUCUCUACUGAGAAAUGGUAAUGCUGAUCCGAAUGCGGAAGAUUUUGAUCAUCGCACUCCGCUGCAUGCCGCUAUUGGUAAAUCGGAAAAUGCUUUUGAUAUUAUGGAACUGCUGAUACAGUGGGGGGCCAAUGUCAAUCACAAGGACAUCUAUGGCUUUACCGCGUUGCAUUUGGCUGCCCUUGAUGGCCUGGCUCCCUGUGUGGAAAUGUUGAUAUAUCACGGAGCAGAUGUUACCACAAAAUCGAAAAAGGGUACCAGUGCCCUGAAUGUCAUCACACGUAAAACCCCAGCCUCUGUGGCCAUGAUUCGCCAGAAAUUGGAUGCUGCCAUAACUCUGCAUCACUCCCAGGAUCCCGUCAAUCGUGAAGUGGAAUUGGAAUUGGAUUUCCGCCAACUGCUGCAACAUUGCCAUCCUCGCGAAAUUAGCUAUUUGAACACCUUCGUCGACGAGGGCCAAAAGGAGAUUUUGGAACAUCCGCUGUGCUCCUCGUUCCUCUACAUAAAAUGGGGUAAAAUUAGAAAAUAUUAUAUAGGACGUUUGAUAUUCUGUUUUAUUUUCGUGAUAUUCCUUACGAUCUAUGUCCUCACUGCCCUGGCCCACAACUGCUACAAUGUCAGCAACAAUGAUAAUUCGACCAUACAGGCCCAGGAGCUGUGCCAGUCGCAAUCCAUCCUCGGUGAUAUGUUGCGUAGCAAUCCCUUUGUCAUGGAAAUGCAAUGGGGUGUCCUGGUGGCCAUCACCAUAGUGGAGAUAUGUCGAAAGUUAUAUGGCAUAACGGGUUACUCCUCAUUUCGUCACUAUGUCACCCAGGUGGAGAACAUUAUGGAAUGGUUUGUGAUCACCAGUGUCUUCCUUAUAUCCUAUGUUUAUACGAAGAAAACGUACACCUUUCAAAAUCACAUUGGCGCAUUUGCGGUACUGCUGGGUUGGACAAAUCUCAUGUUGAUGAUUGGCCAGCUUCCCGUAUUCGAUGUCUAUGUGGCCAUGUACACCCGGGUGCAGGGGGAAUUUGCCAAACUCUUCAUGGCCUAUUCGUGUAUGUUGAUCGGUUUUACCAUUUCCUUUUGUGUGAUAUUCCCCUCCUCCUCUUCGUUUGCCAAUCCGUUUAUGGGUUUUAUUUCCGUGCUGGUCAUGAUGAUUGGAGAACAGGAUCUCUCCUUGCUUAUCAAUGAUCCGGAUGGUAAAGAUCCACCAUUCCUAUUAGAAGUUAGUGCUCAAAUUACCUUUGUAUUAUUCCUGCUAUUCGUUACGAUUAUUCUCAUGAAUCUCCUCGUGGGUAUUGCCGUCCAUGACAUUCAGGGGCUGAAGAAAACUGCGGGACUCUCCAAACUUGUUCGACAAACGAAAUUAAUUUCCUAUAUCGAAUCAGCGUUAUUUAAUGGGUAUUUACCCACCUGGUUGCGUAAUUUGCUGCACUAUACGGCCCUCGUUUCCCCACAAGCCUAUCGUGUGGUACUCUGUGUAAAACCCCUAAACCCCAGCGAAAAACGUUUACCCCGUGAUAUACUCAUGAAAGCCUAUGAGGUCGGAAAAAUGCGUAAACAUUUUGGCCACACAAUAUCCGCUAAGAAUUCCGAUGCCACAUAUCUAUCGUAUAAGAAUAAAUACAACAGCGAAUCGGUACAGACCCCAUCGACGCCCAGUACCCCCUAUGCACCGGAAGAUUUUGAGGCCACCGUUUUGGCAAAUAUCAAUACCAAAAUUGAUGACAACACCGAUCGUAUUGAAUAUCUAACACAAGAAAUUCAAGAACUUAAACAGGCACUAAUUACACAGCAACAACAGGCUAGCAAAGUUAUCGAUAAAUUAUUAAUUGUAAUAUCGAAUCAACAGAAAAAUAAUUUGAGAAAAUAA